AUGAGACCUCCACUUCGUUCAACUCGAAGUCCACGAUCACCCCCUGCUUCGCCAAAUUCCGAAUCACGACCUAAACCCACUUUGGCCGACGUGACCAUCGCACCUCGUCGUAGACUCCGGGACGGAAGUGCGAGCUCAAGAGGAAGAUCAUCUAGAGGAAAUUCGGUCGUGUCUUCAUCAUCUAGUAGAGCAAGUUCAACCACAAAUAGACCUGCCGGAAGUGGCACUGGGAGUGGAAGGGUGUUGGAUAAUAUCAUACCUUCUAGGAGUAAGAGUAGAGGUAGUCGCAGAAUGCCCAACCACAUAGAAAGAAGUGGAAGUUUACCCUCUACUGUUGAGGUGUAUAGUGAAUCCGAUGGAGGAAGUUUUUCACCUAGCAAUUCCAAUCCGAUUUCAAGGGAAAGUAGUCUGACUCCACCACCAACCAUCGAACCUCCAACAUCAACGACUCGUCAUCGCUCAUAUCCUUCUCCACCUAGUGGUAAUCAACUUUCACAAAGACCUGAUGGAAACAGUCAAUCGAUAUUGGAUGUGAUGGAUGAAUAUCAAUUGCAACCCCAGAAUACCCUUUCUUUGCCUAAUGGUAAUAAUCCUUCUAAUCGAUCGCGUCAUACACCUUCUGCCUCAUCUUCAUCUUCCUCCUCAUCAUCUUCAUCUGAAUCGAGCGAUGGUAGAAGGUACACCACGGAAGAGAAAGGAAAAGGAAGAGCGAUCGUCCCUGCUACUACACCUAUAGAAGUCCAAUCAUCCUCCGAAGAAUCGGAUGACCUCCAGAGAGACAAUUCAAUUCAAUUGAUAGACUCGUCGCCGCAGAAGAAAAGGAGAAGAAGGAGUGAUUCAGAUGUGAUUGUCGAUUUGAUUAAUCCCAAACCUAACGAUAGGAGUAAAGAUGGUCGAGGGGAAGAAGAGGAAGAGGUUGACGAGGAUGAUACGUUGGCUGGCGGUUACACUUGUCCCGUUUGUUUCUGUCCCCCCUCGCAGGCUGUGAUGACACCUUGCGGCCACAUCCUCUGUGCUCAAUGCCUCCAUUCUUCCCUCCUCGCCGCUAUCGGCCGUAACCCCAACCCAUACCCUGAUCCAAUGUUGAACCGUCCCGCAGGAAGAGGUAGGAACCAUCACAGUAAUCGUAAUCCUCAACGAACGGUAUCUAUGCAUGGUAUGAAUGGUGGACCGACCAAAUGGACUAAAGAAAUCUUGAUCGAUUUCUGGUUAUACCAUUUAACUCAAGAAUGCGAGAAGUCUUUGAAAGACGCUCACAUACCACAAGAAGAAUGGGAAGGGAUCAAAGCGGUUCAAAUCCCCGGUGCGGACGAGGUGAAAGUGGAACAGAGGUUAAAAGGUCUGUGGAGGGUGGAUGAGAGUUGGGUGGUCGAGGGAGAAUGUCCUGUCUGUCGAAACCCUUUACCUGGUGGAUAUGGUCCUUAUGGGACUGGUAUAGGCGGUAUCAUACCCCUGCAAGCUAGAUUGUCCAGUACCGUCACCGGACCAAAGAGGAAGAGGUAA